AUGGCUGGUAUCGUGGAGGAUUACUUGGAGAGUCCUGGAAUGGACAAUGACACCGACGAUGUCUUCCCCUGUAAAGGUUGCGGAGAGAUCCUCGAAGAAGGAAAAGCCUUCGAAUUAGCCGGUAACCGAUGGCAUCUGGACUGUUUUCGAUGUAAUACCUGUGGCACACUGCUCGACUCUGAUGCGAACCUACUGCUUCUCGGAGAUGGAUCGCUCAUCUGCAACAACUGCACAUAUAGCUGCAGCGCCUGCGGCAAUAAGAUUGAAGACCUAGCCAUCUUGACUGGGGAGCAGGCGUUUUGUGCUACAUGUUUCCGCUGUCGCAACUGCAAACGCAAAAUCGAAAACCUACGAUAUGCCCGGACUUCACAAGGCAUCUUCUGCAUGGGCUGCCACGAAACACUGAUGGCACGACGAAGGAAAAAAUCCAAAGCUGCAGCGGCAGCGAAAGCAAGAGAAAAAGAGCAUUCACCUAUGAUCACGGAAAAGUCACUGCCCGCUCUUCCCGCCAACGCCAUUCCACCGAAUGCCUUUUCCAACGAUCGGGUCGAUCCUGAUUCAGAUACUGCUACAGAGCUCUCCCCUCGUCCACGAAAUCACGGCCGUAACGAGUCGUCAUCUAGGAGCAGUUCCAGGCCAGCUCGUUCUCCUGAAAGAAAGCCUGACGGUUUAAGUUUGCCUGCUACAACAUAUCGAAGCAACCGAAACUCAACCAUGAUGACCCGGAACGACAAUACUUCUAACGAUGCCGAUAGCUUCCUGAUUUCGGUUGCUUUAGACCCAAGCCCACACCCAACUCCGAAAUCAACUUCAGAUAAUCUACCAGAGUCGGCCAAGUCGAAGGACUAUUUCAGCACGGCAAAACCAGCGUCUGAGAAGCGAAGCGACUCUCAUACCUCUACGCCACAUAUUGCUUUCCAGGAGAAAGGACGUCAACCAUCUUAUUCAGAGCACGACGUUGCACCAAAGCUUCCUGAUCGCAAGCAUUCUAAGAAUUCGCGAACCGAUUCCAGUAAACGCUCGCCUGCUACCGACGAGAAGAGCCAGAAAACAAGCGGCCGCCGCGCACCUACGGAGGACUUCAAGUUGCAGGAGGCUCCCAAGAGCAAGAAGCUUCUCUCAAGGAGUAGCUCACAGUCCUCAAGUAUACCUGCGGAGACGAACUCUGCGAGAACUAGCAACGGACCAAGUAAGGGUGGUCUGCCACACACUGAUAGCAACGCCACCACACCUGCGUCACGCUCAUCCCAGGAGUCGAGGUAUAUGGAUGAGGACGAGCUUCGCGCAUCUAUGGACUCGUCAACCAGAACAUCUUCAAGACCAGAGAACGCAAAGCCUCUUGCGCGAAAGGAGGUUCCAACUGCUUCAGGACGUAAUGUUAAUGGCAACAAUCGACAAAACCGGCAAGAUACCACUGAUGAUCCUACACCCACUCGCCAAACUCCCACUCAAAAGAAGACAACCGAUUCUUAUAUGCAGCCCCGUUCGGCUCCCAUUCCUCCCGCCUCUCAGAACAACAAGAGCCAUCCUACUGGCAAGGAGUCGAAGGACGACGGUAGUUCACCCAAGGUCUCACCAAAGUUGCCUAGAUGGAGCAGCGGUGGUGACUUUAGUCUGGACGAGGACAUGGCGCGUAUCCUAGGUACAGAUGAAGGCUCAACUUCCAUUCUCCGCAGAGUUUCCAACGCUGUCAGGCAUGGGCGCACCAAUAGCGUGGAGUCACCAAACCAGCUGUCAAACAGAGCUGGUCAUGCCAGAAGCAUUAGCGAGACUACACGGGCGACACAGUCACCUCGCUGGCCCCGAACACCAGUUGCCGACGAUUAUCAUGCACAGGAGAUCAGCAGCCCCAUGUCCUUGGCGUCAGGUGACGAUCCUGCGUUCCUUAAGCGGCAACUACGGAACUCGGAGCAGCGAGUUGCGGAGCUCGAGAGGCAGUUUACUACUGAGAAGGAUCUCAAGAGCCUUAACAAGAAGCUAGUCGAAAAACGAAAGACAGUUUCCGUUCUUGAUACCCAGACUGAGAUUAUGAUUCGACAGCUGGAGGUCUUGGCCGGAUAUGUCGAGCGUGCAAAGGAGACCAAGACACCUAUUGAUCCCCGGGAUCUUGAGGAUUCAGCAAUCAAGGAGUUUGUUCAGAAGCUUGACAAGGUCAAGCAGACCAUGUCAGCCGCAAUCGAGCAGCUGCACGAAGAGCGGGAUCUGUUGUUUGAGGAGAAGGAUCAAGCUAUCGCCGAUCGAGACCGUGCCCUGCUUGAAUUCGAGCAGUUGUCGUCAAAGAAUGCACAGCUUGCUGAUAUGAAUAACGACUUGACACAUCAGAUCCAGGAACGCUUCAAGUCUCAAAUUGGAGGAGAUAUCAAGUCUCCUGGAGGUCUGGGUAUUUAUGGACCAGGCAAGGGUGGUCUGAACAACUCUUCCCUCAACCUCGACGCUGCUAGUCUCUCAACUGGUGCUACUCUGGUUCCUGCUGAUGAAGAGCCCAUCGUCGAAGCCGGACCAACUGUGGUUCAAGUCCGAAAGGGUCAAGCCAAGAAGUUCAACUGGAAGAAGGGCUCCAAGGGAUUGGCCCAAGGUGUUGCCAAGGGCGUCAACAGAGCCGUCGUCGCAUUCCAGAACGACCGUGAGAGGAUGCAGCAACAAGGCCAGCUGAGCGGAGAGAACAUUGGAAUGCCUUACAAUAUGACUGUGGCCCAAGUCGAAGCGCCUGCUGGACCUCCUAACGGCGUUAACUCGCAUGACAAGCACAGUGCAGCUGCAGCGCUAACCAAGAGACAAGAGGAGCGUGAACGUGAACGACAAGGCUUUGGAUUCUUCGGCAAGAAGAACGCCAUGCCCAAGUCUGGCUCUGCAGGUACUAUGAACAACGUUGACGCAGCUGAGCCUGCCACGGUUCUCUUUGGAUCUGAUCUCGCAGAGCGAGCCGACCAUGAGCGCCGGCAGAUUCCCAGUGUGGUCACAAGAUGUAUCGAAGAGGUUGAACUAAGAGGAAUGGACCAAGAGGGUAUCUACCGAAAGACUGGUGGUAACUCUCAGGUCAACAUGAUCAAGGAUGGCUUCAGCAAGGAUGAGAACUUUGACAUCUCAGACCCUGAUCUGGAUAUCACUGCUGUUACGAGUGUGCUGAAGCAAUACUUCCGCAAACUUCCUAUUCCCUUGCUCACGUUUGACGUGUAUGAGCGAGUUCUUGAAUCAAAUGCUAUUGUCGAUGAAACGGAACGAAGCGAUCACCUACGCAAGACGUUUGCUUCGAUGCCCCAAAGGCAUCGUGAUUGUCUUGAAUUCCUCAUGUUCCAUCUUGCACGCGUUGCUCAACGUGAACCCGAGAACUUGAUGUCUCCCAAGAACUUGGCUGUAGUGUUUGCGCCUACCAUCAUGCGUGACACGAGCCUUGAGCGCGAGAUGACGGACAUGCACGCAAAGAACCUUGCGAUACAGUUUGUCAUUGAGAACAGUAACACGAUUUUCGAGGAUGCUUAG